UAAAUGGUUUGUUUUUAUAUUGGUGCUUUUUAAAUUUUGGGUUUUUGCAAUCUCUUUUUCAAAAUUCUGCAGAAUUAGACACAUUCCAAAAUUGGGUACUUGGACAUUUCUCAGCUAUUACAGACAGGAAAAAAAAAAUUUUCUAAGCCAUUACUGCAUAUGCUCUAUUUAUGUUGAAUGGCUGUAGAUAUUUAAGUUCACUGGCUUGUGAUACUAAGUCACAUUGAUUUUGAGGUUCUGGUGAUUCUUUUUCACGAGUCUGCACUGGUACUUGAGUGUUCUAAGAAAAAAUUCUGAGUCCUUGAAAUUUCUUAGUGAUUCCUCUGUUUUGGGCCCAUAUAGGCUCUUAACUUUAAAGAGAAGGUAUUACUGUAUUAGUAUUUGGUGUUCAUUUGGAAAGUAUGCUUUAUUAGGGUGUUUUAUAUGGACCACUGACAUUUUUUUGCCAGACACCUUUUUCAUGCUUUCUUAGCAUUUGUUGCUUUUUAAUUUUGUACUCUCUGGAUGUGGAGCUUUAUGUAAGUUGUAAGUUUGGCGUUGAUAUCUUGCUGUGAGUAUAUUAUUUUUGUUGGCAUGUGCAAUGAACCAUUUCUUGUAAUUAUAUAAGAUUGCAACUUUACAUCUUCAAAGCUUUCUCUCACUCUUUCACAAUUUCCUUGCAGUUUUUUUUCUAUUUUUUUUAGUGAAAAAAUAACAUGGAGGACAAGUGUGCAAUCAAGAAAGAUGUUACUGAAUUGAUAGGCAAUACCCCAAUGGUAUAUCUCAACCACAUUGUAGAUGGCUGUGUAGCCCGUAUUGCUGCCAAGCUUGAGAUGAUGGAACCCUGCUCUAGCGUCAAAGACAGGAUUGCAUAUAGUAUGAUUAAAGAUGCUGAAGAAAAGGGUUUGAUUACUCCAGGGAAGACUGUUCUCAUUGAGCCUACUAGUGGUAACACUGGCAUUGGAUUGGCGUUCAUCGCUGCAGUUAAGGGUUACAAACUUAUCCUUACCAUGCCAACUUCCAUGAGUCUUGAGAGAAGAAUGGUUCCUCAAGCUUUUGGAGCUGAGUUGUACCUUACAGAUCCUGCCAAGGGUGUUUAUGGUGUUUUUGAUAAGGCCAAUGAACUACGAAGUAAAAUACCUAAUAGCUAUAUUCUUCAGCAAUUUGAAAAUCCUGCCAACCCAAAGGUCCAUUAUGAAACCACUGGCCCAGAGAUAUGGAGAGAUUCAGGAGGGAAAGUUGAUGCCCUGGUUUCAGGCAUAGGGACUGGGGGUACAGUCACUGGUGCAGGAAAUUUCCUCAAGGAGAAAAACCCUGAGAUAAAGGUGUAUGGGGUAGAACCAGUUGAAAGUGCAGUCUUGAAUGGAGGACAGCCUGGCAAGCAUCUUAUCCAAGGAAUUGGUGCUGGUAUAAUACCUACUGUUCUGGAUAUGAAGCUGCUUGAUGAAGUUGUUCAAGUAUCAAGUGAGGAAGCUAUUGAAACUGCUAAGCUGCUUGCCUUGAAAGAAGGUUUGCUGGUUGGGAUUUCAUCUGGUGCUGCAGCUGCUGCUGCAAUAAAGUUGGCAAAGAGGCCAGAAAAUGCUGGAAAACUUAUUGCUGUUAUCUUUCCCAGCUUUGGAGAGCGUUAUCUGUCUUCUGCACUCUUUGAUUCCAUAAGGCAUGAGGCAGAAAACAUGACUUUUGACUGAAUGUUUCUGAAUAUCAUAAACUGCUUUAUGUAUGUUCUGCAAUCUACACAUUUGAAAUAAUGAGAACUUCCCUAUGGUCUGUUUGCUGUAUGAUCAACAGCUUGACUAGUAAAAGUUUGAUAGAUUGACUUGAUAGCUUCAAUCUUCAAAUUUUCUAAGCUUAUUGAAUUCAUAUUUCAGGGUUA